GCCAGUCGUUUAAUUGUAGACAGAUCCAGCCCAUCUGCCAAUCAGAAGAGUUGCAAAGAAUGGACACUUGAGGUCACUGACUCGAACCAUAUGCAAACAACCCAAACCUCGUGGCAUGGGGUCACAGUUCUGCGACUAACCGACAAGACAGGUGAAUUCGCAAGCACGGAAGCCUCUCUUCCAAUUGGCCACCGCCUCGUAGACGACUCACCGGGUGGCAUUCUCGCCUCGUCCCCCUCUCUCCUUCAAAGCUGUGCAUAG